AUGGCGAUGAAAAGAAGAAUGGUGCCUCCUUUGAUGAUAUCACUCUAUCGUGAUUUGGAUGGUGGUUUGGACGGCGCGGAGAAGCCUGAAACUUCAUCUGAUGAACAUGCUUCGAAGAGCGAACCUGAUCCUAGUGAGCGCAAAAGAAUGCGGGAAGAAAGUGCACUUUCCGAGCAUUCAGUUGAGACUAGUGCAGAUGACGGUGCUGUCAGUACAUUGGUCAGCGUAUGUGGCUGGAGAAAGGGUGAACGUCAGGAUAUGCAAGAUGCCCAUGUUCGACUGGAUCAGUUUGAACUUACCUCCAUCCGUAACAUUCAACGAAGCGCGUUUUAUGCGAUAUUUGAUGGACAUGCUGGACGUCGAGCUGCAGAUUUUGCUGCUGAACAUUUGCCACCAUUAAUCAAGAAGAAAUUGCUGUAUUGUUCCGAUGUUGAUGCUUUGGAGAGAGGAAUAAAAAAAUGUUUCGUCGAUUCGUAUAAGCAAGUCGAUGAACGGUUUUUAAUUGAAGCUCGUAGGACAAGACCUUCUUGGAAAGAUGGCACAACGGCAACAACGAUUUUACUUGUUAACAGCGUUAUUUAUUGUGCAAAUAUUGGCGAUUCCAAGGCAGUCGUUUGUCGUAAUAAAUCUGAAAAUAAUGAAGUAAAGAAUAUUGCACUGCAGUUAACAGUAGAUCAUUCGCCGUUACAUUUUGAAGAGCGGAUGCGGAUUCAAAAAGCAGGCGGAAAGGUCAAGGAUGGUCGUAUAAUGGGUAUUCUUGAAGUUUCUCGAUCAAUUGGGGAUGGUCAAUUUAAGGCGUAUGGACUAGUCUGUACUCCUGAUGUGAAAAAAUUCUCUAUUACGAAGAAUGAUAUGUUAGUUUUGCGUUCCGGAAAUGGUUUGAAUAUAUUUCUCUUGAUAGCCUGCGAUGGCUUAUGGAAAACAUUCAGUAAUCAAGAAGCAGUGGAUUACGUCACGGAGAGAUUAAAGCAGCCAAGAAAGCGUGACGAUGCAGAGGAAGAAACAAGAGAAAUUGUUUGGAAAAAUAUUGCUGACGAUUUGGCAGCGGAAUCGGUAAAACGAGGAUGUGGUGACAAUGUCUCAGUUAUUAUUGUAGUACUUAACGAUCUAUUAGAUUUUAUAGCAAAGUGA